CCCAUCAAAGCUCCUGAGUCUGUCUCCACUAUAAUUACAGCAGAAUCAAUCUUCUAUAAGGGUGUAUACUAUCAAAUUGGAGAUGUUGUUUCAGUGGUUGAUGAGCAGGAUGAAAAAACCUACUACGCUCAGAUCCGUGGGUUUAUUCAGGACCAAUACUGUGAGAAGAGUGCUGCGCUAACCUGGCUCAUUCCGACACAGGCCAGCCCCAGAGAUGGUUUUGACCCAGCAUCCUACAUCAUAGGACCAGAAGAAGAUCUCCCAAGGAAAAUGGAAUAUUUGGAAUUUGUUUGUCAUGCACCUUCAGAAUACUUCAAAUCUCGAUCAUCUCCCUUCCCUACUGUCCCUACAAGACCAGAGAAGGGCUAUAUAUGGACUCAUGUGGGACCUACUCCUGCAAUCUCCAUUAAAGAAACUGUUAAUAAUAAUUUAUAAUUUUUUAGAGGAAUACUUUGGACAAGUUAUUUUGGGUGUAUCCUCAGGUCUGUGAACCUCAUAAAAGAAGUUUUUAAAAAUCAUAAACUCUUCUUUUACUUUAUGGAUUAUGGUAUUUAUUUGUUUAAAAUUAUAUCAGAUAUUCAAAGUGGAAGGUUUUUUUUCUGUUUGAUGCAUCAUUUCUGUGCUCUGUUCUUCAGAUAUUUCUCAUUUUGGGACAAAACCACAAGUGUCACAUCAUCUU